GGCCGGAAGAUGCAAAGGUGGCCAGUAUAAGGGACUGACCACGACCUCAGACUGUUACUGAGGUCAUAUCUUUCUUAGGAAUGUGCGGUUACUAUAGGAACUUCAUGAAGAAUUACUCUACAAUCGCCUCUCCUUUGACUGAUCUCACUCGACUUGACACACUGUGGGAGUGGAGUGAUGAGUGUGAGGCUGCUUUCGAGCGAUUGAAACAUGCCCUCAUGAAUCAUGAGGUUCUCAUGGUACCCGAUCCUCAGAAGCCUUUCAUUGUGACCACUGACGCAAGCCAAUAUGGCAUUGGUGCAGUGCUGGCUCAGCAGGAUGCAAAAAAGUUGAGACCGGUUGAGUACAUGAGCAAAAAGAUGCCAUCCAAAAAGUUGGCAAAGUCCACCUACGAGAGAGAACUCUACGCCUUGUAUAAGUCACUGAUCCAUUGGAGGCACUUUCUGUUGGGUAGGUUCUUCUAUUUGAGAACUGACCAUCAGACGUUGAAGUGGAUAAAGACACAACAUGUUCUCUCCGAUGCCCUCAAGCGAUGGAUUGAAGUCAUAGAGCAAUAUGACUUCAAAAUCGAUUACUUGAAGGGGGAGUAUAACAAGGUUGUUGACACACUGUCGCGUGGGGCAGAUUACCUCGGGCCUUUAGUCACUGAAUUCGGCAUUUCUGACGAUGUGACUCGAUCGUUGGAGGAAGCCUAUCGGGAAGACCCUGUCACGAUGGAUAUCAUUCACAAACUGCAGGUCAAAGACAAGGGCACAGAAGAAGAGUUUGUGAUGGUGGAUGGGUUGCUCUUUCUGAAAAAGGCUGGGAUUGAAAGAUUAGUUGUUCCAUCUAGUGAGAAUUUGCGUAGUUUAUUUUUAGGUGAAUGUCAUGAUGCAACUGGACAUUUUGGCUACAAAAAGACCAGUGCCAAUCUAGUACAACGAUUUUGGUGGCCCGGUAUGCUAGAUGAUGCAAAGAAGUAUGUGGAGACCUGCCAGGUCUGUCAGCGGGACAAACCGCGAACUCAAGCACCGCUUGGGUUGCCGAAGCCCUUGCCCAUUCCUGCUGGUCGGGGACCGAGUGUUUCCAUGGAUUUCAUGGACACCCUGGUAACCAGCAGGAGUGGCAAGAGGCACAUCUUUGUCAUCAUAGACAGAUUCACCAAGUAUGCUAGACUGAUUGCCAUGUCGGAGACUGCGAGGACUAAGCACGUCAUCACGUUGUUUAUGGACAACUGGGUGCGUGAUUUUGGACUGCCAAAGUCAAUCGUUAGUGACAGAGAUGUCCGCUUCACAAGUGAGCUGUGGAAGAAGACUGCUGAGCAAAUGGGCAGUCAACUUCAGAUGACUUCUGGGAAUCAUCCCGAAGCCAACGGACAGUCCGAACAAAUGAACAAAGUUGUGCAACAUCCGUUGAGGCACUACAUUAAGCCCAGUCGGGAUGACUGGGAUGAGAAAUUGCCUCUCAUCGCCAGCCUGUACAACAACAGUGUGCACAACACAGCCGGCGUUAGUCCUAACCAGCUGCACUUGGGAUGGAAGCCUAGAUCCGCUCUAGACUUCCUCUUGCCUGAAAACUGACCUGCUGCAACACCUGGCACCUUGGAAUACGAGGUGCAGUAUGAGAAGUUGUUGCAGCAAGCUGUCGAGCAUAUCAAGAAAUCUGAGGAAGCAAUGAUUGCUUCUGAGAACAAACAUCGUCGACCGUGCACAUUUCAGGUAGGGGAACGUGUCUGGGUUAAGGCUAGUAAACUAAGACAGGAAUU